AUGGCGGCGGCAGCGGAGCGCCCCUCGGCCGGCGGCUUCGUGCUGUGGCUCCAUGGCUCAGGCGGGUCGGGCGACGAGAGCCGCGAGCAGGUCGCGCCCUACUUCUCCGCCCCGGGCAUCGCCUCCUCCGUCCGGCUGUCCUUCCCCACCGCGGCCACGGCUUCCAUCCCCUGCUACGGUGAUGCGGUGAUCACGGCUUGGUUCGGCAUCUCGGAGGUUCCUAUUACCGCGAAAACUGUUAGAGAUGAGAAAGAAGUCCUUAAAGCUGUUGAGUAUGUGCAUGAAUUGCUAGACAAAGAAGUAGCUGCGGGAACGAGUCCGUCAGACAUUUUCGUUUGUGGGAUGAGCCAAGGAGGCGCUCUAGCCAUAGCGAGUGUUCUACUCUACCCAAAAACUUUAGGUGGUUGUGCUGUCUUCAGUGGUUCAGUUCCACUGAAUAAAUCAUUCGCUGAAAAGGUGUCAUCUGAAGCUAGAAAGACGCCGGUAUUAUGGUUUCAUGGAAUGGCAGAUGGGUUGGUCCUAUUUGAAGCAGGACAUGCUGGGUGUGCAUUUUUAGAGGAGCUUGGCAUGUCCUGUGAAUUCAAGGCUUAUCCUACCCUUGGACAUUCAAUGGUUGAUGAAGAGCUCCAGUACUUUCAGCAAUGGAUCCUGAAUCGUCUAGGGAUGACUGUCUCUGGAGCAACUGAAACCGCAAGGCCAUCAUCGUCGUCUAACCACAAGGAUCCCCAAUAG